AUGAUGCUUCGGUGGUCUGGCAUCUGGGGACUUUCUCCACCUCGGAUCUUCCCCUCCUUGCUGGUGGUGGUUGCCUUGGUGGGACUGUUACCUGUUCUCAGGAGCCAUGGCCUCCAGCCUAGCCCUACUGCCAACACCAUCAGAGGGGCUGAACCACCACGGGAACGCUCAAUUGGGGAUGUCACCACUGCUCCAUCAGAGCCUGUCCACCACCCAGACGACCGCAAUUUGACCAAUUUACACAUUGAACAUGGCGCUAAGACACUUCGAAAGGCCUUUCCAGUGCUGGACAUUGACUACUUACAUGUGCGCACACCCUUUGAGAUCUCCCUCUGGAUCCUGCUGGCCUGCCUCAUGAAGAUAGGUUUCCAUGUGAUCCCCACCAUCUCGAGCAUCGUCCCGGAGAGCUGCUUGCUGAUCGUGGUGGGGCUGCUGGUGGGGGGCCUGAUCAAGGGUGUCGGCGAGACGCCCCCCUUCCUGCAGUCAGACGUCUUCUUCCUCUUCCUGCUGCCGCCCAUCAUCCUGGAUGCGGGAUACUUCCUGCCGCUGCGGCAGUUCACGGAGAACCUGGGCACCAUCCUGAUCUUUGCUGUGGUGGGCACACUGUGGAACGCUUUCUUCCUGGGUGGCCUCCUGUACGCCGUGUGCCUGGUGGGCGGUGAACAGAUCAACAACAUUGGGCUGCUGGACACCCUGCUCUUUGGCAGCAUCAUCUCGGCUGUGGACCCUGUGGCUGUGCUGGCUGUCUUUGAGGAAAUCCAUAUCAAUGAACUGCUACACAUCCUUGUCUUCGGGGAGUCCCUGCUCAACGAUGCUGUCACUGUGGUCCUCUAUCACCUCUUUGAGGAGUUCGCCAACUAUGACUCUAUAGGCAUCUCGGACAUCUUCCUCGGCUUCCUGAGCUUCUUCGUAGUGGCCCUCGGUGGGGUGUUUGUGGGUGUGGUCUACGGGGUCAUCGCAGCCUUCACCUCACGAUUCACCUCCCACAUCCGGGUCAUCGAGCCGCUCUUCGUCUUCCUCUACAGCUACAUGGCUUACCUGUCAGCUGAGCUCUUCCACCUGUCAGGGAUCAUGGCGCUCAUCGCCUCAGGAGUAGUGAUGCGCCCUUAUGUGGAGGCCAACAUCUCCCACAAGUCACACACCACCAUCAAAUACUUUCUGAAGAUGUGGAGCAGCGUCAGUGAGACCCUCAUCUUCAUCUUCCUGGGCGUCUCCACGGUGGCCGGCUCCCACCAGUGGAACUGGACCUUUGUCAUCAGCACCCUGCUCUUCUGCCUCAUUGCCCGGGUACUGGGUGUGCUGGUCCUGACCUGGUUCAUCAACAAGUUCCGCAUUGUCAAGCUGACCCCCAAGGACCAAUUCAUCAUCGCGUAUGGGGGCCUUCGAGGGGCCAUUGCCUUCUCCCUGGGCUACCUCCUGGAUAAGAAGCACUUCCCCAUGUGUGACCUGUUCCUCACUGCCAUCAUCACUGUCAUCUUUUUCACAGUCUUUGUGCAGGGCAUGACCAUUCGGCCCCUGGUAGACCUGUUGGCUGUGAAGAAAAAGCAAGAAACAAAGCGUUCCAUCAACGAGGAGAUCCACACGCAGUUCCUGGACCACCUUCUGACAGGCAUCGAGGACAUCUGUGGUCACUAUGGCCACCAUCACUGGAAAGACAAGCUCAACCGGUUUAAUAAGAAGUACGUGAAGAAGUGUCUGAUAGCUGGCGAGCGCUCCAAAGAGCCCCAGCUCAUUGCCUUCUACCACAAGAUGGAGAUGAAGCAGGCGAUUGAGCUGGUGGAAAGUGGAGGCAUGGGCAAGAUCCCUUCUGCUGUUUCAACCGUCUCCAUGCAGAACAUUCAUCCAAAGUCUAUGGCUUCAGAGCGCAUCUUGCCAGCACUAUCCAAGGACAAGGAGGAGGAGAUCCGCAAAAUCUUGAGGAGCAACCUUCAGAAAACCCGGCAGCGGCUGCGGUCCUAUAACAGACACACGCUGGUGGCCGACCCCUACGAGGAAGCCUGGAACCAGAUGCUGCUCCGGAGGCAGAAGGCCCGGCAGCUGGAGCAAAAGAUCAGCAACUACCUGACGGUGCCAGCCUACAAGCUAGACUCACCCACCAUGUCUCGGGCCCGCAUAGGCUCAGAUCCACUGGCCUAUGAGCCCAAGGCAGAUUUGCCUGUCAUCACCAUCGACCCAGCCUCCCCACAGUCACCUGAGUCUGUGGACCUGGUGAACGAGGAAUUGAAGGGCAAGGUCCUAGGGCUAAACCGGGAUCCAACAAGGCUGACUCGGGGGGAGGAAGAUGAAGAUGAGGAUGGUGUCAUUAUGAUGCGGAGCAAGGAGCCCUCAUCCCCAGGCACCGAUGAUGUCUUCACCCCUGCACCAAGUGACAGCCCCAGCUCCCAGAGAAUACAGCGCUGCCUCAGUGACCCAGGCCCCCACCCAGAGCCUGGGGAGGGAGAGCCUUUCAUCCCAAAGGAGUAG